AUUCCUUCAAAAUAAUUUUUGUGGUGGUAGAUAAAAUCACAACCGAAAUUUGUCUUCACUAAAAUUUAUUUAAACCAAACAACAAAUCACAAGUAGAUGGUGAUUCACCAAAUCACCGAAUCGAUAGUCUUCAACGUCUCUGCUCUGCGAUAAUCUAUUCAUUCAUCUUUCAGGUUUUACUAUGACAAAAUGCAUAUUGUUUAAAGGUUUUGACCGAAAGGACUAGAUAGAAAAUGGUGAUGAGGACUACCUCAUCUGAAAAAGUACUGUCUCAGAACUGCAAGUGAGAAAAACAUAAAAUGCUAUGGAAGAAACACACGGCCAGUAUUAUCUUUCCGGUCUACCCGAGUCUUCGUUAUCUCAUGACAGUAGUGAGAGGUACGAUUUUAACAGGCAAGUGAAUCGUGGGGCUGGUAUAUCAGGUCUGAAGAAGAGAGGUCAUGGAACUCGGUCUUGGAUAAAAAUUGAUCAGAAUGGAAAUUCUGAGACUGUGACACUUGACAAGGCUACUAUUAUGAGACAUUGUUCUUUGCCUUCUAGAGAUCUUCGACUAUUGGAUCCUAUGUUUAUUUAUCCUUCUUCAAUAUUAGGAAGGGAGAUGGCUAUUGUAGUCAACCUUGAGCAAAUUCGGUGUGUAAUCACAGCCGAUGAAGUCAUCCUGAUGAAUUCAUUGGAUGGUACUGUUGGUCAGUACAGGUCAGAGUUAUGCAAUCGACUCCGGAGAGAAAAAUCUGAUGAUCUUCCCUUUGAACUUAGGGCACUAGAGUUGGCUCUGGAAUUGACAUGCACAUCUUUAGAUGCUCAGGUAAAUGAACUAGAAAUGGAAAUCUAUCCUGUGCUAGAUGAACUGGCCUCAUCUAUCAGUACUCUCAAUCUGGAACGUGUUCGAAGAUUUAAAGGUCACCUCCUUGCUUUGACUCAGCGAGUUCAGAAGGUUCGUGAUGAAAUAGAACAUCUCAUGGAUGACGAUGGCGACAUGGCUGAGAUGUGCUUGACUGAGAAAAGGAAAAGAUCAGAUACCUACCCUUCAAAUGAUUGUUUUCAAACUCGUACAUUAUCAGGUAAUAUGACUUCCAAAUCAGCUCCUGUUUCACCAGAGAGGUCACUUAGCGGGGUCCAGAUGUUGCAGAGAACGUUCAGCAGCUUUGGAAAUUCUAGUAAAUAUGGUAGUUUAUCUGGUUCGACUGACAAUGAUGAAAGGAUUCAGCCCCUGGAGAUGUUGCUCGAAGCAUACUUUAUCGCCAUUGAUCAUACACUUAAUACAUUAUUGUCGCUCAAAGAAUACAUCGAUGACACAGAAGAUUUUAUCAACAUAAAAUUGGGAAAUAUUCAAAACCGCCUGAUACAGUUUGAGUUGCUUUUUACAGCAGCUACAUUGGUAGCUGCAGUAUUUGCCACCGUGGCAGGAAUAUUUGGAAUGAACUUUGAAACCUCAGUUUUUGACUACUCAACUGGAUUCCAUUUGGUUUUGGUAAUCACAGGAAUUGCUUGUGUAUCAUUGUAUUUCUCCUUAUUAUUCUAUUUUAGAUACAAAAAAGUGCUUCCAGCAUAAAAAUUCAAUAACAGUGAAAUUGAUUGUGCAUUUUAUCAAAGCCAACUUGGUCAAGAUGACAGGCUUAGAAGCUGUAUUGUAUAUACAUAUUUAUAUUAUCUGUUUGUGGAAGACAAUCCAUGUGCUGCUUUCGCAUGGCUAGAUGCA